GUUUCUUUCAUACUGGUUUAUUGGAGAAUUAUAUAACAUGCUAUGAAAUUAAUAACUCUCAUAAAAUCAUGAUGAUGAACCUGCAUCAAGGAACCAAAACAUAGAGGAAUUUAUACGUACACCUUAAAGUGAUGUAGCCACAAGUUCCAUAGGAAUGGGAACCAAGGGUGGCAUAUCUUUGGUCAACUUUUGUGUCUUCAACCCCACUUAUGGACCCAGGGAAGGAGAGGAGCACAAGAAGAUAGUGUUCUUUCAUCCAAAAGACACAGAUAUAGACAGUCAGAUAAAACACAUAGGUCUAUGUGAGGCAAUAGUAAGAUUUGCAGAAACAUUUUCUGAUAAACCAUGUCAAAGUCUCCAUACAACCAAACGAAGGCAGCUUUUCCUAGAACCAGAAAAAGACUUCUGGAUGAUCAUGACUGUAAGUGUACCCUUCACUGAGAAAACAAAGGAUGGUCAGCCUGUGUAUGAGUAUCACGAGGAAGAUGUUCAGGACCCUGUUUAUGAAGCUAUCCUACAACAAGCCUAUAGAAUGUUCCAGCUAUUUAAUGGUACAUUUGCCUACAUAUUAGACAGAACAGGAAAUAAUGUCAAAGUUUUGCAGCAAAGACUGGAACAUUUCUAUGUUAGAUACUUGCAGACCCUGCGACUGCCACACAGUGACAUCCUUGACAUUUUUUCUGGGAUCCACUUUAUGCCACUGGACAAGAAUACUUAUCUUCAUGUUCAGUGUUUCAUCAACCUCUUAGAGGCUUCCUUUACCUGUAUUAAAUACACAGCAUUCCUGUAUAAUGACCAACUAGUAUGGAGUGGGUUAGAGCAGGAAGACAUGAGAAUUAUCUAUAAAUACCUGAUCAGUAGUCUUUUUCCGUCCUACCAAGACCAAGAACUCCAAUCAACAACUUCAGCUUCCCCCUCUAGGAACUCCUCAGCCAUGGGAGAUGUGCAUUAUGGGAAGUUUGUAACUGGACCACCUGAUAUACAGGAUGAGAAAAAUUUGGGUAAAAUUCCUAGAGUGUACAUCAACACAGAGUCUCCCAAUGAAGAAUGUUAUCUCCUGGUAUAUAGGGCUCAUAAUGCCAGUGUCUGUAUGUUCCUUCAGGGCUCCACUAAAGUCAGUUUUGAUCUUUGUCAUAAAUUGGACAGUUUCCUUGGUUCACGGCUGUCACAGCUGGCUUCAGACAUUGGGGAGCAGUUUUCUAAGAGAGCAAAUUCAGGGGCUGAUUCAGCGUAUCGAUUUAUCUACUUCAACCACAUGAACUUGGCUCAGAAGACUACGGUUCACGCAGACAUGAGGAAGACGGGCAGUGUCAGUAUUCCUCCAGAGACACUGAAACUACUGACAGAUAUCAGCUCCGACAUGUCCAGUAGCCCAGAGGACGGUGAGAUUAUAGUGAAGACUUCUACAGACAACUGGGUGGUGGGGAAGAAAUCCGACCAAAGGGAGUUCUUUGUGGUCAUUAAUCAGAAGAAUGCCAACCUCAUAGAAAUAAAUGAGGAAGUUAAAAGACUAUGUGCAUCAAAUUUUAACAGUAUAUUUUUCUUGGAUUGAUAGACUAUGUGUGGAUCUUAAAUGUUUUUAAUUCCUUGUGUGCAAUACAAACUCUAACAUUGUAUCAAUGUGAAUAGGAAGUCAAUGUAUUUAUUUUAAAAUUUUAUCAAUAAAAUGAUGUAAACUGGUAA